ACAAGAUGACGGAGAGAGCAGCUCCCGAUGAAUGUAAUGCUGACCCCACCUUAAAGGAGCUGGCCACAUCAAGCGGAACACACAAUGUCCAGCCUCCUAAUGAGAUUCAAGACCCUACAGACGGGGAGAAAGAGGAAGGGGCUGAAGGCACUGAGAAACCAAAGAUGACAAGGACAAAAAGCUUGCCCAGCUCUCCAGCCAGUCCCACCCACUCCGCCGCAGGGUCAGAUGCAGGAGGGCGUGCCCCCAUGAUAAGGACAGCCUCCACUUCCAGCCCGGGGGCCUGGGUAGCCACACCUGACUGGGUGAUGUCAUGGAAACAGAAAUUACCUCUUCAGACCAUAAUGAGGAUGUUACAGGUGUUGGUCCCACAGGUAGAGAAGAUCUGUAUAGACAA